AUUUUGUUUCAAAAAAAAAGAAAAAUCUAGUCAAUUUUCAAUCAUUUCCGAAUAUUUUCCUUCUCAAAUCUGGUGAAAGUGAAGUCUCUUGUGUUGGAAAAAUGUCGAAUGAAGCGCUCGUCCAUUACACUAAUUCGGAGCUCGAAUUGCUCGACGCCGACUGCCUGACAGCAGUUUCAUUCAACGAACAGCUCCGCGAGCAAACGGAAAAAGGAAUUGAAGAGGAAAUGGGAAGACGUGCCAAGGCUAAAAGACGUGCCACUAAAGCCGCUGAGCUCAAUUCUGCUGAGGCGAACUCCGAGAUAAGAGAUGAGGAUGAGACUGAUUGUGAGAUGCCAAGCGUCAAACCCAACCAAUCUCCAUCGAAAAUCCCUGUUCUCCAAAAAGGCUAUCAAUUUUCGAACGAGGAGAAGCCUUCUCUGAUCCUUUCCGGCUCUUCUCCAUCGAAAAUUCCGCGUCCAAAAGCUCAAUUGGUCUACUUGAAUGUGAAUAACGAUAUUAUCUCUGAUGAUCCCACCAGUACUUAUGAGCCAACUAGCUUCACUCCAACUUCUGGCUCCUUCACCCACACUUCAACUAGCGGUGAAAAUCUUCAUACAAUGCCAAAUGAGUUGCAGCCUUUGCCACUGUGUGAUAUUUCAUCGGAAUACGAGUCGAAAACCGAGCCGGACACUGGAAAACACCAGGUUGACGUGAUUGCCGAGGCAAAUGGGAUGGAGAUGAAGCUCAAUAUGACUGGAAUGCUUAAAGGGCUUAAUUUGAACUUUGUCGGUCUUAAAUUCCUCUGAUUUCUUGUAUAAACUCGUGUCAUUUUCGAAU